AUGCAGAAGAAAGACUGGCUAGCCUUGGUUGCUGUACACAGCGACGCAUGGCUCCUCGCAGUAGCAUUUUACUACGGAGCUCGAUUCGAUAAAAAUGAGCGGAAGCGGUUGUUUAACCUUAUCAAUGACUUGCCCACACUAUUUGAUAUAGUAACGGGCAAAAAGCAGGCGGUUGAAAAAGCAGCAGCCAACAACAGCGGGUCGAACAAGGCGAAGAGCUCUGGCAAGGCGCGGAGUGGUGAGGUGCAGACUAAACAAUCAAAGGCGAAACAAGAAACUCCAGAGGAAGAGGAGGAUGACGAGGAGGAGCAUGGGGAAACGCUUUGUGGCAUUUGCGGCGGGCUUUAUGGGGCAAACGAGUUCUGGAUUGGUUGCGACCAUUGUGAUAAAUGGUACCAUGGGAAGUGUGUGAAAAUUACACCAGCCAAGGCAGAGCAUAUCAAGGACUACAAAUGCCCGUCUUGUGCAAAGAGAGCUAGAUAA